GGGUGGUGGUAGUUCUGCGUUGCCUUUCCACGAGGUCGGACACGCGCGAAAUUCUCGGGGCUCGUUGAAAAUCGUCGAGAGGUAACGUUAUGUAGGCCAAGCCGACACGCACUCGCCUGUUUGAAGUGCGCUUAAUUUUGUGCGUCUCGUUCGUAGAAUGAUCGCCGAGAUAUCGACGAUUCGUACGCCGAUGCGGUUCGCUUCGAAAUCCGUUUUUGCCACGUCGUCCCCUCGUUCGAAGUAUUUUUCGUCAUUGAGAUAUGCGAGCAUCGUCGUAAGACGUCGCGCGACACCCCAUCGUUGUUGUUGUUUCGAAUGAUCGGUGUGAAGUGAAUCAACGACGUUGAUCGAGGAUCGGAAUUCGACGCGGUGUUCGUGAUCUCGAAACGUCUGAAAUGCUUGUAAUGCCGGAUGCAAUCUGGCCAGUGUUUCUACUGCAACUACUUGCGGCUGUGACUGUGGAUUGCAGUCGCGAGGGUAAACAAGAUAACGAAAAUAUACAACCAGGAUGCAAACUCGAAGGGAUGCAUCCGUUGCUCAUCGUCACUUACAAAAAUAUCACGAUAUCGGCGGAUAAGAUUACGCUACCCAACGGUGCGCGGGUCGCCGUUCGAUGCAGAGAACUUGGCAGGUACAAACUCCACGGGGAUUCUUCGCUCCAGUGUCGUAACGGCGCAUGGAAUGGAAAACUACCUUCUUGCGUCCCGACCACCGCCAUUUCAAAUUACACCGACGACGUCCCGCCGACUAUACUGUUCGGUUUGCCGGCCGGUUCGGCGGCUAUCGAACCCUCCGGUGCCCUCGCCGUAUUUCCCGGCAGCAUUUUGCAUCUGGAGUGUCUUUUCGCCAGGCGUCUUGGAAAUCCGGAAUGGACGUGGACGUCGAAUCGACAGUAUCUCACCGGAUGGGCGAUCGCCGCCGCGGAGAGAGACUGGAAGUACAGGUUAUCGAUAUAUUACGCGAAGACGCAGGAUUCCGGGGUUUACACGUGCUCCACGCCCAGGGGAUUGACCAAUUCCAUCCGGGUGCACGUCGUCGACGUCCAUUGUCCGACGAUCGGACAACCGGCGGCACCGUUGAGCGGCAAAAUCGAGGGCGCUCGGAUGGGCCAGAGCGCAAUGUUCAAGUGUCCGAAGGGAUACAGGUUGGAGGGUGCGCCGAACAUAACUUGUCAGUAUAACGGUGUUUGGUCCGCCGAGGUUCCGCGGUGCGAGGCGAUCCUUUGUCCUCCGGUCGAACCGACGAACGCAACGCUGCAACUCCUCGAGCACAACAACAGCCACGGUGGUCGCGUAGUUUUCGCCUGUAUGUGGGGAUACAAACUUUUGGGUCCUCAGAGCAUUCGGUGCGAGGGAGACGGCGUCUGGACGAACUCCAUACCGACCUGUACAGAGAUAACCUGUCCGCCGCCGGUGCCCCCGAAGAGCGGUCGGAUCGUCGAACACGAGAGAGCGAAUUCGAGGAAACGGAGCCGCGGACGGAAGGUCGGAGCUCUGGUCCAGUUCGCCUGCAGACCCGGACAUCAGCUGACGGGCGAAGCCUCGAUAAUAUGCACGGAGAGCGGCAGCUGGUCCCACCCGACGCCGAUUUGCAAGGUGCGAUGUCCUUACCCGGGGGAUCCGCCGCACGGGAGGAUAGCGCCGUUGAAAUUUUGGUACGAGCCGGGGGAUAACAUCCAGGUGACUUGUUCGCCGGGUUACGUGACCCCCCUCGAACCCGUGAAGAGACCGACCUGUCGAGAGAACGGAGUGUGGAGCGGCCCUCCGCCACCCUGUCGAUCGUACAAAGACGUUUAGGGAAGAGAAAACGAAGCGGACGCGAAACGAGGAGAGCGAGAUGCGAACCACGACGCGACGACGACGACGAGCGAAUCGCGUCGGAAUUCAAAACGCCAGCGUUCUCAACGAAAGAAUCAAAAAAACGUCCCACGCCAGUCGACGACGUUCGCAGUUCUCCGAAUCUGACCCUCCGGUCUUUUUCCCUUCCCUCCUCGUCCUUUUUUCUUCAUCUUCGAAACACACGAGAGGAAAACGUGUCCGAGGGCGUCCGUUUAAUUUCACAUUCCGCCGCGUAGUUUCAAUUCUGCGUGACCUUUCACCCGUGAAUAUAUACAUAUGUGUGUACAGGCGACCGUGCGCGGUAUAACUUACCGCGAACACACCGCCGCCUCCGUCUCGACACCGAUGCACCGGCGCCACCCCGCCGUGUCACCGCCGGUUGAUCUUCAAAGGAAUUCCUCCUUACCGUUGAAAAUAUAUUUCGAAUUUCGAUUCGUUUCGCGCGAAACACGUGCUCCGCUGACUUUUCUUUUACACACGGACACGUGUACACCGAUACUACCACGCCGCUACUAUAUAUGGUUUUUAUAUCCUCGCCGGCGCGGCUGAAAAAUUCACCGCAGACAAUUUUUCUAUAUACACGAUCUGCUCGAAGAAUGUUUUACACAGCUAUAAACACUAGACGUACGUACAUAUAGGGGGCAUUUCGCGUCAAAUCGACCGGAUACAUCGACCCUCGCGAUACGCGAUCGAGUCGACGCGGAUUACAUUUGAACACGCGAAGGGAGAGUCACGCGAUAUUUUGAACCUUUCGUACCAUACCACCCCUCGCCGCGUUUUCCCAAGUGUGAAUUUUCGCGAAAAAAACAAAAAAUAAUUCGCAAAGUUCAGGUUUCCGUUUAAGCUGCGAAGUUGCGCGACGUGGCCAAGAAAUACGAGGGGGGGAGGGGUGGGGGGAUCGAGGGCGAGGUUGAACGCGCCGCUCCGUGUGUUUGCAGGGUACGAUUAAUUGAGUCGUUCUCCCCCUCCGCCCCCGCCCCGUUCCCUCCUCCCCCUCCGAGGCCGGUGCGUAGUUCACAUGUGUAAAUAUAAUUCCGGUGAGGUGUUAGUCGAAUAAAUAAAAUUCUAUAGAUGAAUGACGAGAUAGCGACCCGAGGGUAGCGCAUUCCCCAAUCAAGUAUAAAAUUAACGAGGUGUAACCGCCCAAUUUAUAUAAUAUACACAAUAAUUAUAAGUAUAAAACAUAUACAUAUAUCAUAACGACGAGUCAACGUGUAAGAUGAGAAAAUAACUUAGAUAAUUUCUUUUCCAUAUUAACAUAGAUGAUGUACGAUAUACAAAAAUAACGUUUAUUCUUUAAAAAAAAAGAGAAUGAAAAAGAAAAAAACACAACAAACCAGAGAA